ACUGAGUCCUGAAAUAAUUUCCAAUAAUCUUAUAACAGAGUUGUGAAUUACCGAAACAGACAAGAGAGGAUUUAAACAAUGUUUGUAGCGGCCAGCUUGAGCUUGCUGUUGCUUGCUAUUGGAAACAUUUCAGCAAACCAAUGUUCCCCGACGAAUUACGACACAAUCAUAAGAGGAGGUCCAUCAUUGCCUGCGAAUGAAAUAAUAUCAAGACACAAUGUUACAUCUUCAGUUGUCAUGUUAGGAUGUCACACUCACUGCAAAGACGAAGACAAAUGUGUUGGAUACAACUACAGAACAACAAAAAAUGUUGAAAAUUGCCAACUGACAAACGUUACUAGAAAGAAAGAAGAAAGGAAAACGGGAGAUUGGAUAUUGAUGCAAGAUGUUGAAGCGGUAAAGAAUAGAGUUGAAAAAGAAAAGCUUUCCAGGAGGAAAUCAGACGUUGACGAGUGUUCCCUGGGAACUCACAAAUGUCACUCAAACGCAACCUGCAAUAACACUAUUGGCUCCUACGAAUGUCACUGUCGCAGAGGAUUUUUAGGAAAUGGGAAAACAUGUUCAGACGUUGACGAGUGUUCCCUGGGAACUCACAAAUGUCACUCAAACGCAACCUGCAAUAACACUAUUGGCUCCUACGAAUGUCACUGUCGCAGAGGAUUUUUAGGAAAUGGGAAAACAUGUUCAGACGUUGACGAGUGUUCCCUGGGAACUCACAAAUGUCACUCAAACGCAACCUGCAAUAACACUAUUGGCUCCUACGAAUGUCACUGUCGCAGAGGAUUUGCUGGAAAUGGGAAAACAUGUUCAGACAUUGACGAGUGUACCUUGAAAACUUACAAAUGUCAGUCAAACGCCACCUGCAAUAACACUAUUGGCUCCUACGAAUGUCGCUGUCACGGAGGAUUUUCUGGAAAUGGGAAAACAUGUUCUGACGUUGACGAGUGUUCCCUGGGAACUCACAAAUGUCACCCUAACGCCACCUGCAAUAACACUAUUGGCUCCUACGAAUGUCACUGUCGCAGAGGAUUUUUGAGAGAUGGGAAAACAUGUUUAGACGUUGACGAGUGUUCCCUGGGAACUCACAAAUGUCACUCAAAUGCAACCUGCAAUAACACUAUUGGCUCCUACGAAUGUCACUGUCGCAGAGGAUUUUUAGGCAAUGGCAAAACAUGUUCAGACAUUGACGAGUGUACCUUGGGAACUUACAAAUGUCACUUAAAUGCAAACUGCAAUAACACUAUUGGCUCCUACGAAUGUCACUGUCCCAGAGGAUUUGCUGGAAAUGGGAAAACAUGUUCAGGUCUCCACUGCGCUGAUUUGUAUGAAAAGGGAAAUAAACAAAGUGGUCUUUAUGAAAUUGACCCUGACGGAAAAGGAAGUUUCAAAGUGUUUUGUGAUAUGACAACAUCAGGUGGAGGAUGGACUGUAUUUCAACGUCGUCUUGAUGGAAGUGUUGACUUCUACCGAGGAUGGCAAGAUUACAAACAAGGUUUUGGUAACUUGAUCGGAGAAUAUUGGCUUGGUCUUGAUAAAAUACACAGGAUGACAAAUAUUUUACAAAAUGAACUUCGAAUCGACAUGGAAGAUACAUCUGGAAACACUGCAUACGCUCAUUAUGAUUCAUUUAAAGUCAGCAGUGAAAAUACAAAGUACAAGUUGAAUGUUGGAGGUUAUCAUGGUACAGCGGGAGACUCGUUAUCAUAUCACAACGGUAUGGCUUUUAGCACCAAAGAUUCUGACAAUGAUAUUUGGGGUGGUAACUGUGCAGUGGCAUUCAAAGGAGCCUGGUGGUAUCGUAGUUGUCAUGACUCUAAUUUGAAUGGUUUGUAUCAUUAUGGCGCACACACAUCAGCCAGUGAUGGAGUCAACUGGUUGCAUUGGAAAGGACAUCAUUAUUCUCUGAAAUCAACAUCGAUGAAGAUACGACCACGUGAAUUUGGAAAGAAGAAAUAAAGACGUUGAACAAUAAAGAACUAGAAAGAAAUAAGGUUUAGUGCACUAACACGCAACUUGUUGGUUUUUAAAAUAGUGUAACAUGUG